AUGGAAACCGUCUUGAUCGUUGGAGCAACCGGAAAUAUUGGAGUAUCAGCCGCCAAGGCUGCGCUCAGCACCGGACGACAGGUGCUCGCAAUCGUGCGAAACAGUGCUUCAGCAGCCAAGCUGUUUCAUCACCUGGGUACAAAAGAAGGCGUUACUACUGUCGAAGCCAACGUUUGCUCAGAGACCGGAGUGCAGGAGGUCAUUGACCAAGUCGAGGCCGGCAAACUCCCUGCAUUCCAGCAUGUCUUCAGUGCUGCUGGCGGAGAAUACUCUGCAACACCAUUACUCGAACUCUCGACUGAAGAACUGCGCCACGGCAUGACGGUCAAUUUUGAAUCAAACUUCUGGGCGUAUCGAGCAUCAGUCCCGUACUUGCUCAAACAGAACGAUCCCCGAAGCUCUUGGACUGUCUGUACCGGCGCCCAGGGAGACAUUGGAGCCCGUGCAGGCCCAGCACUCACGCAGGGCGCUCUCUUUUCCAUGUCCAACGCGGCCUGCCGUGAUAACGAAAAGACCAACGUACGCUUCAACGAACUCUAUCUGUAUGCCCGUGUAGAAGUCGACGAAGUGGCGGCCCAAAACGGCACGAUGAAGGCUUCUGAGUUUGCCAAAAGUUAUGCAGGUAUCUUAUCUAGGCCAGAAAUCCGUAGCUGUCGUGUUAGUGUUUGCGGACCUGAGGAUUUGGAAGACCUCAAGUACCAGAAAAGGCCAAUCAUAUAG